UUUUUCCGACAAUACAAAUUGCAUGAACUAAGAAAUACAUUCUACCACAAAAAAAUUAUUUUCUUUCCUUCAAGAUAAAGAAAUCAUACCUUCUUCUUCUUCUUCAAUGAGAUUGUUAUUAUCUUCAUAAUAAUAUCAUCAUAUCUCAUCCUCAAAUUCUUUGAUUUCUCUGAUAUUUUUUUUUAUAGAUCGAAUUUCUAUUAAUGGAAACUUGCAUUCAACAACAUGAUGUUGUUCAAUUCUCCAAAGAGAAUUUCAUCGCCGUCGCUGGUGAAUAUAACGGUAAUUUUUCACGAUCACUAUCAGAUUCAGCUUCCGAUUGCGAAAGUGGUGUAACCGGAAGUUCUUCAUCAUCGUCAUCUUCUGACUCUAGACGUCGUCGCCGGAGAUCGAAUCUCCGGCGAAGAAUCUUCGACGAGAAUCUUGCUGUUGAACUCUCUGAACAAGAGAGAACUCAUGAGGUGAUUCGCCGGAGAUUCCUUUCUGCUAUGAGAGAUGAUACUAAAGUUGUCUCAAUUCAUAAGAGGAUUUGGUCGUCUGAUUUCUCUGCUCAAGCUCGUGUUCAAUCAUUUCAAGUUCACUCCAAAGCUUUAGCCUCUAACAACAAUGGCGGCGCUGGAGCUUCUCCUAAUUCUAUGAAAUUCGCUUGGUUUGGCGGUUCAAAAGAAAGAAUUCAUCACAUUUUAUCUCGUGGUUUUAGCUUUAACGAUAUUCGAGAUAACAUUAAUGCUGCCAUUUUUCUCUCUCCUGAUCAUUCACCUGUCAACAGCUUGGAGAAGGCGAUUCCAGACGAAGAUGGAGUUCGACAUUUGCUACUUUGCCGAAUCGUACUCGGACGAUCCGAGUUAGUUCAACCUAACUCAGCUCAAACAGAGCCGAGUUCAAACGAGUUUGACUCAGGAGUUGAUGAUUUUGAGAAUCCGAAAAAGUAUAUAAUCUGGAGUUCCAAUAUGAACUCUCACAUUUUGCCAGAAUAUGUUGUUAGUUUCACAGAUUCAUCUACUACAGGAAAUUCAAAAAUUGUGAAUGGAAUGAAAAUGCCGAGUUCUCCGUGGAUUUCGUUUCCAUCAUUGAUUUCAGUUUUGGGGAAAUUCUUGCCACCUGAUGCUAUUUCCUUGAUCAGCAAGUAUCAUGUAGAAUAUAAAGAAAAGAGAAUUUCUCGACCGGAGCUUAUAAAAAUAGUGAGACAAAUCGCAGGGGACAAGCUGUUGGUUGCUGUUAUUAAAUCUUGUAAAAAAAAAAAUCUUGUAAAGGCGUUAAGGAACUAAAGAUGCCAUUUGGUUUCUUGCGCAAUAGGAACAUUUAACAUGAAGUAGGAAGAUAAUAUAAAUUUUCGAGAAAGCAAUUGUGAUGACACAAUGACAAUGCUAUUGGUUCUAAAUUUUGUCCUGUGAUAUGGUUGUAAAUUUGUUUUGGGAGGGACGGGAUGAAAUGAUAGGAUAUAUAGAGAAAGAAAAUAACAAUUAGCAUAGUUUGUAGUGAUCCUAAAUGCUAAAAGAGCAUAUAUAGUGUUGUAUCCUAGUUGACAGAUCAAAGCGUGUACAUGACUCAAAUCUUGUAUUAGAACGAUAUUCAAUAAUGGAUGAGCAAUAUAUAAUUGGAGUGAUGACAUUUUGUUGAA